AUGAAAGUAUCGGGAAUCAUCGUCCAAGCUCUUCUGAUAACUUCUUUCCGAGGAGCCGGAAUUUUUGCUUUGGAACUCGAGGAAAUAGUUGUGGAGUUAAACAAUAUUUACGACUUCGAAACUAUUGUAUAUUUCAGUAAUGAUAUCAAAGGAGCUGAGUUGGCGGAAGCGUUGCUUGGGAGGAGAUCCCCUUUGGAGAACAUCCCCAAGUUCAUAUGGAAUCAAGAUGUCAAAACCAAAACCAUGUUCAACACCAAAGUCUUGAAUAUUGCAUUCGUUUCGCAUUCCAAUAGAGAAAACAUCCUUGAAGUUGUUAACACUGCAUUAGAGGACAACUUGCUCGCCAAAGUGAUUUUCUACUUUCUCCCGGAGGUGUCCCAUAAUAUCAACUUGAGAAACUUCAGUCAGUGCUUGUGGGAAAAAAGAAUCCUUUAUAGUUUGAUGGUUGCAGAUAACCGCGUGUUCACAUACAACCCUUAUCCUGAAGUUAAUCUGGUGGAGAUCACUUCAGCAGAGUCGCUUAAAUCAGUCUUCACUGGGAAACUAACUGACUUCCAUGGAGCUGCGGUAAGAGUCGCGCGAUCACUUGACAUAUCCAAAGAAGUACAAUACGUUGAUCGGAAUGGAGACGUUCAAUUUGGAGGAUACUUUAUGAAAACCAUUCUUACCUUUAUUAGAAAGCACAAUGGAACCUUCGUUGAACAAAAAGUGAAAAAGGAUCUGAGUGAUGUCGGAAAGAUGUUCGAAAGCAGGAAAAUCGAUUUUCUUUCAAUGACGAUGACAAUGGCUAAGAAAAGUGUGAAACCGUCAUACCCCCUAUCAAGCAUCGCACCAUGUAUCCUGGUCCCGUACCAAAAGGAGCUUCCCAGAGUAUAUUAUUUGAUGCUACCCUUUCAGGUGUCUGGUUGGAUUUUAUUUGGUGCUGGGGCUUUACUACUAUUCCUAGUGAUUGCAGUCGCCGAUCUUCUUCGCAAAGGAAAAUCUACCCCUGUUUAUCAGGAAGCGGCUUUUCGAGUCUGGCGGAUAGUCACCCAACAGAUACACUUCCCAGCAGAAGUGGUGACGAAUCACUGGCUGAUGCACAUCCUUAUUUUGGCCACUCUUCACUUUAUGUUAUUUACGAGUCUGUAUCAAAGUGGAUUGAGUAGUUUUUACACUAAAUCGAUUUCAGCUAAGCAAAUUGACACCCCCGAGGAUCUAGCAAGGACUUCAUAUAGAAUCUUGACACCACGUCUUCAGCAACACUAUUUUGGAGAAUUUAAACUUUUUCCUAAAAUCGUUCUGGACCGUUUGAUGAUAGAUGAUUCAUUGGUAAAAGCGAACCUAAAACAAAUGGAUCCUAAUUUCGGAUAUGUGCCACCAUCUGAAUUUAAGGAUACUCUGAGAGAACUGGAACGACGUCCUUCAACCAAACUUUUCCAUUUGACGAAAAUGUGUACACCUAAAAUGUUACUUAGUGUUCUACAUCAGAAUGAGUCCCCAUUCAAGGAUAUAUUCGAUGAUGUCGUCUUUCGUCUUAUUGACGCAGGAUUGAUGAUGAAGUGGGAAAGGGAUACUGUGUACGAACUGAAGCAAGUCGGCUUCCUGAGAACGCAGUUAGUAACUGAAAGUCUCCUGCGACCGUUGAAAUUUGAAGAAUUGUAUUUUGUCUGGGUGAUCUAUUUAAUUGGUGUUGUGUUGAGUGCUAUAGUGUUCUGUGUUGAAAAAAUACGAAGGGUUGAAUUCGGUGCUAAUUAA